AUGAUAGAUUAUUUUCGCGUUGUGUUUCUAUUUUAUUUGAUUCACAUACUUUCCAAGAAACUCUUUAAUGCCCAUGAAAAUACUGGAUCAUUUUACACUUCGGGAUGUAGCUAUACAUCAAACAUCAACAACUUAACUGUGCAAGAACAUGGUAAGAACUACAACCUUCCCCUAGUUGCGAUCAACUGCACCAAAAGAAACCUCAAUGAAUUCCCAGCAGAAUUGCCAAUUAACACUGGUAGACUACUCCUCAGUUUCAACGCGAUUUCAAGAUUAAACGCUAUUGAAAUGGAGAAGAUUCGGCACGUGAGAGAAUUAUUCAUGGAAGGAAACAAUAUGUCAUUUAUUGGACAAAGGAGCUUUCUAAAUAACAAAAUGUUACAGACACUGAAUCUGGGAGCAAACAAACUGACUGACCUCACCCCAGGUAUAUUUGAAGGGUUGAAAAACCUACUGAAUCUGUAUCUUGAUCGAAACUGGAUCACUCAACUACAUAAUGGAACUUUCCAGAGUUUGAAUUCCCUAAUCAAUCUUGAUUUGAGUGCGAAUGAAAUUUCUGUAAUCAGCGAAGGAGCAUUCAGCGGCCUCAAACAACUGAUUUAUCUUGACUUAUCUAGAAAUGAGUUGGGUGCAGUCUUACCGAAUCAUUUCAGUAAACUUUCGUCACUUCAUACACUGAAUCUUGGUUUCAACAGGAUUAGCUCUCUUGAAGAAGAGGCAUUUUCUGAAUGUACAAACUUGAAAUUCCUUUCCGUAAAUCAUAACAAUUUUACUUUUGUACCAAAAGAGGCCAUGAAGCCGUUAAAGGCCCUUAAAAAACUAGACCUCAGUGGAAACCUAGUAGCGUUUAUUCCUUUGGAUGUUUUCGUCACUUUACGUUCCUUGGAAUUCCUCAAUGUGAGUUUUUGCAAAGUUCGAGUGUUUCAUGGUAUGAAUCUAAAGAAAAUUAUGCCUCAAUUGAAGCUUGCUGUUAAUAACAAUCCACUAGAAUGCACUUGUGAUAUGCUUUGGAUGAAAGAAUGGCUUAACGAUGAUCCCACCGUAUUUUAUCACUGGCCACAGGUCAAGUGCAAGUUUCCCAAGAGGUUAAGCGGAAGAACAUUGGCAGGGUUAAACAGGUCUGAGAUGAAUUGCACAUGUGAUUGUUGCCAACAGUCAUUCAAGUGCUUUUUGGGUGGAAAAACGUGCAAGUGCGCGAGCGAGUGGGCGGGUCCAUCAUGUCUUGACACAUGUCAAUUUCAUAAUGACAGUAUUGGCAUGUUGUAUGAAAUGGUGUGCAGCUCUUCACAAGGAAAAUGUUUUUGCUCUAAUAUGUCCGAAGUCUGCGUAGAAAAUGCUCAACUUAUCAAUUCAAACCUAACAUGGCAGUGUGCUUGUAAACCUGGUUUCCAAGGAGACGCGUUUCUUAACUGUUCUGAUAUUGAUGAAUGUGCGCAAGCGCACAGUGUAUGCGACAAAAGCGCUGACUGCAUUAACACAGAAGGCUCGUAUCGAUGCUUCUGUCCAAAUGGUUACCAUGGAGACGGAAUAAUCUGUCAGUCAAUGAAACAUCAAAAUAAGACUGUGUCUAUAGUUACAACCACGUUUUCCGUACUUGUUUUCGUUGUCCUGAUCGUUGCACUGGGUUGUUGCAUCGCUCCCAAAAGAAUCCAAAAGAUCAGAAAUGCCAAACGAUCCACGGACAGGAAGAGAAAAAGAAAACAGUCUACUAGGCGGUAUGUUGACCUGUACAACAUUCACGAGUUAGGAUUCACCAACAUCGUUUGUACGCAAGGUAAGAGCGUGUUAGAGAAAAUGGUGAACAAAUGAUUGAAACAUAGGGUGCUUAUCUGAUGAGUAUCCUUAAGUCUGCGCUUGCGUAAUCUAUUUUAUCAGUGACACGGUGAUCUAAAACCCGUCCCUUUACCUAUUGCGAUGCACGCUUUUUUGAAAAAAGUAGAUGAAAUAGAAAUGAUAAUGUUGCGGUGGUACACAAGCACACAGCCAUAAGGUUGCCUUCAUUUACUUAUCUAUGCAGCGCCUAUGAAAUGCACAAUCACCUUCAGCAAAACGUACCAAAUGUACUGCUGACCACAUUUUUGUUACUAGAAGAAUGUCUGAGAGAUGACAAAUGGGAAAUACCCCGUGAGAAGCUACACAUCUUUGCAGCCAUUGGAGAGGGUGCGUUUGGUGUUGUAAUGGAAGGAUCGUUAGAUAAAGGUAUAAAAUCACUCGAUAACUAAUUUUUCUAGUUUCUUUUAUAAAGACAAAAAGAAAAACCCCUUUCGAGCUUUUUAUUUUUAUUUUGAGGCCUUUUAAGCGCAGGUCUGGGUUGUUCGAAACCCGAUCAACGCUCCUCAUGGAAUGACUUGGAAUCUACAUUUACUUCCUAUCAUCAGAAGCCUGGGUACAACCGUUUGAACUCGCACUUACGCGCUUGCGUGGUGAAUGGCAUGGAAAGCAAUGCAGUUCACUAAUUUUCCUUGUUUUCAGACGAAGGAGCAAUAAAAGUAGCCGUAAAGACCUUAAAGCCAGGCGCUGAUCGCUAUGACUAUAAAGACUUGAUGGCAGAACUUUCAAUCAUGAAGCAGGCCGGAAGUCACCCGAACAUCGUCAGCCUCUUGGGAGCAUGUUCUGUGGAAGGACCGCUGUACUUAGUGAUGGAGUUCGUUUCCGGCGGAAACCUGCUAUGCUUCCUUCGAAAAAGCAGGUGUCAACAUCCACAUUAUAUCAAUAUCACCUCGUCUCUCAACGAGCGAGAAUUGCUGAACAUUGCCAAAGACGUCGCUGAUGGCAUGAGUCAUCUGAGUAAUCUAAACAUAGUGCAUCGAGAUUUGGCUGCAAGGAAUAUUUUACUGACUGAAAACAAGAUUGCGAAAGUGACAGAUUUUGGACUUGCUCGAGACUUGCAAUCAGAGGGUGUUUAUACCAAAACCACGGCUGCGGGGAGACUCCCAGUGAAGUGGAUGGCACCUGAGUCCAUUCAAUUCCAUACAUAUACUUCCAAGUCAGAUGUUUGGUCUUUUGGGGUGUUGCUAUGGGAAAUAAUCUCAAUUGGCCAGUGUCCUUACCCGGGAAUUCCAGCGCGACUGCUGAUGAGGAAGCUUAUGAUUGGUUAUCGCAUGCAGAAGCCCUCUCAGUGCUCCGAUGACAUGUACGAGGUUAUGAGAGCCUGCUGGCAACUGGAUGCGGGAGCAAGACCUACUUUUGCUGAGUUAGCAAAAAUCUUGCACGAGUUUUUAGCGCGGACUGGACGUGCAUACAUCAACUUAGAAGGAGCAGAUUCGUAUUUGGAGCAAAUUCCGACAGCUUCUUUUAAUUUGAGAAGCGAGUUUGAAAAAGAUGAAUCAGAAAGCAAUGAUUUUACCGAAGGUUCAGAUGAGCUGGAGCGUGUGCAGGUUGAAAACGAUGUGGGAAGACACUCUGAGAGUUCUGCACAUGCAUCAUUUCAAUUCCAGACUGAAACAAUCCAUUAUAUGAUAACGAAGUUUUAA